CUGCACUGCACAGCCCCUGCUGCUCACCCAGUCUCCUUCACCUUGCUUGUUAGAAGCCCAUGCCCACAGCACGCAGUGGGCAGGGACAGGUGGGGGUUUCAGUCCUGUUAGUGCCAAAGUCCAAGGAUAGAGCCUUUGCCAAGGAGGAGGAAGAGUGGAAAGACUACAUCAACUAAGAUCUGUCCCUAGAGGAAAUCUGCAGUGUCUAGGGCCUGUCCCAAGUGACAAAAAGCUAUCCCAAGAGUACAAGAUCAUGUACUUCUACAGAAAAGGGACUCUCUAUCCUGCCCCCUAAGAGGCACAGGCAUUUUCCCUGCACAGCCAAACAUCCCAGUCCAAGCCUUGCCUUGGCAGAUGGAAGCCUAUGCCCUCAGCAAGCAGUGGGCUCUUUGCUGGCAACAGCCAUCCCGCUUCAAGAGAGCAUUCCAGGCUCUGCACAGACUGUUCGGUAGCUCUGUAUGGUAGCACAAGGAUGGGACAGAGGACUAGCACCUAGCUGCCAAGGCCACGCUAAUCUCUGGAGGUAUGACUGGCCCUGAGCCUGUGCACCAUCCUGAGGGAGCCACACAGUCCAGUUUUGCUGUGGACAUUUUGUCAUCUAAACAUAUACCUCACAACGGAGACUCCCACCUGCCCCGCGCUGCUCCGGCCCGGAGAGACACCGUGCCUCGGACAGGCCAGCCCCAAGAUACCCAGGAGCGGUGCUGGGAACGGCAGCCACGGCCGGCCGGGGCUUUGAUGGAAAAGUCCGCGGGGAGCGGCGGGAGAUGCCCCCUCCUCGGAGCAACGGCCUCGGCCGCCAUCUUGUGCCUGGCGCCAGCCCCUGCCGCGCGGACCCCGCUCCAGUCCCGACCGCUGCUCCUGGGUGCUGAGGAGAGCUGCCCGCGUCCUGCGGGUCGCAGAAUGGCCGGAGAUGACUAUGAGGAAAUUCUCAAGUACUAUGAAUUACACGGAACAGUCGGCACAGGUGGGUUUGCUAAAGUAAAACUUGCGCGACAUCGUCUCACUGGUGAAAAAGUUGCAAUAAAAAUCAUGGACAAGCUUGCUUUACAGGAUGACUUGCCUCGUGUUAAAUUAGAAAUCGAUGCCAUGAAGGACUUGAGCCACCAGCACAUUUGCCGGUUGUAUCAUGUGAUUGAGACACCCAAGAAAAUAUUCAUGGUUUUAGAGUACUGUCCUGGAGGAGAGCUGUUUGAUUACAUAAUUUCUAAGGACCACCUUUCUGAGGAGGAAGCUCGCAUAUUUUUCCGUCAGAUUGUUUCAGCAAUUGCUUAUGUGCAUAGUCAGGGAUAUGCCCACAGAGAUCUCAAACCGGAAAAUUUGCUGAUUGACGAGGAACAUAACCUGAAGCUGAUAGACUUUGGACUUUGUGCAAAACCAAAGGGUGGCCUUGAUUACCAUCUGAACACCUGCUGUGGAAGCCCCGCCUAUGCGGCACCAGAGCUGAUUCAGGGCAAAGCAUACAUUGGCUCAGAGGCAGAUAUUUGGAGUAUGGGAGUACUGCUGUAUGCUCUGCUGUGUGGCUUUCUCCCCUUUGAUGAUGAUAAUGUCAUGGCUGUCUACAGGAAAAUCAUGAGAGGAAAAUACAGUACUCCAAAGUGGCUCUCUCCUAGCAGUAUGCUCCUCCUUGACCAAAUGCUGCAGGUCGACCCAAAGAAGCGAAUUACAGUCCAACACUUGUUAAGUCAUCCUUGGCUCAUGCAAGGUUUUUCUGAUGCUGUUCAGUGGCAAAGUAAAUACCCACUGGGACAUCUUGAUGAGGACUGUGUAACAGAGCUUUCUGUGUUUCAUCAGCAGAGCAGGGAGUCUAUAUUGCAAUUAAUAAACGAGUGGAAAUACGACCACAUGUCAGCAACAUACCUCUUGCUUCUAUCCAAGAAGGCUCGUGGCAAGCGUGUUCGUUUAAGGUUUCCACGUCUACCAGAGCAUGCCAGCACCAUGAUGUCAACAGUCCUUGAGCAUUCGAGGCCUGAUGCCCAACUGGAGGAUACAGAAUUCACACUGUCAACUCCAGUGACAAGAAAAGUGGCAUCAAAGAAGCAUAAAAACAAAGACAAUGUUGAGACAGUGACAGCCUUAAGAAAUGAAAUGCCCUUUGUGCUUCCUACUCCUAAGACUCCUCUUGCAAAGAGUCAGAUUGAGACACAGGUACAAACUGUUUCCCUUAAGGCAGCUGCUUUCAAAGAGAGUCAGUUCACUGCAGUCACCCCAAUUAAGAAACCUGCUACCCCAACAAAUGCAAAUGAAUUGGCAGCAGAUGAGAUUCUUCCUGAAAGAAGGUGUCAGUCAGUGGAAUUAGAUCUCAACCUUGCACAUGUGGAUAGCAGCCAAAAGAAGAGAAAAGCUAAAAUAUUUGGAAGUCUUGAAAGAGGCCUAGAUAAAGUGAUCACGAUGCUUACACCAAGCAAGAAGAAACGAUGCACUAGAGAUUGUCCAAGGAAACUUAAGGCACACUGUAACAUUACCACCACUCAUCUGCUGAAUCCAGACGAACUGUUGAAUGAAAUAAUCAUUGUUCUUUCAAAGAAGCAUGUGGAAUAUGUUCAGAAGGGUUAUACCCUGAAAUGUCAAACACGGUCAGAUUUUGGUAAAGUAACUAUGGAGUUUGAGUUAGAAGUAUGUCAGCUCACUAAGCCUGAAGCAGUAGGUAUCCGGCGACAACGGCUUAAAGGUGAUGCCUGGGUCUACAAGAGGCUGAUAGAAGACAUCUUAUCUAGCUGCCAAGUGUGA